CAUUAUUGAUUUGUUAAUGACCACAAUUUGAGAUAGCCACACAUGUUACACAGCAUAAAAUUUGUUAAUUAUCAUAAUGACAAAAUCAUAUCAUUUUGUAGUUGUACAUAGAUCACAUCAGUUAGGAUAUCCAAUCGAUUCUUGAAAAUUUAAUACUUUUGUAACAGGGUAGCCGGCGUGCCGUAGGCGAUAAGGACCGUAAUGAUUAUUUGAUAAAAAGGUUGGAAGAAAUGUUCGCAAAACUGGAAAGGAGAUCAAAGAACACAGAUGCGUGGGAGGGUGAAGACGAGGAAGGGGAAGAAGAAAGAGGAGAGGAGGAAAGACGGCGAAAACCACAGAGACAAGCAAAAGAAAAGUUCUCACCCAACGUUAGCGAAACAGCCAAAGCCGGAGGACUUGGAGAUGCUGGGAAAAACGUAGAAAUGAUUCAACAGAAAGAGAGAAACAGAUUUUCCUUCAGAAAUGGAAUUAAAACAACAACCAUGGCCAAAGAUGGGAAAUUAAAGUCGGAGGAAGAGAUGAAACAAAUCAUGAACAUGGCCCUCCAAAGACAGGAUAAAAUGAAAAGGCGACGAAAACGCGGGACUAAAAAUGCUGAAAAGUUGGAGAAAAGAGAAGAAAACAUACUAUCCGUAAGUGAAGAACGUACCAAGUUUGUUGAAGUCGGUGCCAUUCAAAGACUGGACAAUUUGAACAGCACAUUCAAUGCAGAGGCAUUUGAACUGCAGACGGCAUAUUGCGAAAAAUCAAAAGAACAAAUGGAGGCUGUUCAUGCGGAAUUGAAGGCCAAGCAUUUGUCAACGAAGAGUUUUGACCUGGAUGGAGUGAAGAAAUAUGUCAGUGAAAUCGUUAAGAAGGCCCGGCAAAAGUUGCUUAAGGAGGAAACAGCAUUGCAGUUUCUGCGAGUUCAGAAAUCUAUUCGGAUUAAGCACGAGGAACACGUCAAACGCAUCCUGGAUAUUAGAAAGGCUACAGAAGCCGUUCAUGAGGAGCUGCUGACGUUAUUUACCUCGGGAGUGAGAAAACCAAUCAUUGUCUACUGCGAAAAGCAAAAGCCAAGAGGGAACAGAUGAUAAAUGUGCAUAAAGAACUGAAGGUACA